CUUUUUCACACAUACAAAUGUCCCACUCUCCUCGAAGAUUGUCUAUAACUCGUAUACGGAAAUUCGAAUAUGAUGUGACAGCUCCACCCACACCGCAGCCAUCUCCUCCACAAAGCCUGCUACAGCCUCCUCCAUUAAAAGCAUCUACAUCGGAGCGAUCUCUUCGGGUAAUGAAUGAACUUCAAGCACAUCUCAUCCAAGUCACGUCCAAGUUGGAAAUUUACAAGAGCGAGAUUAGACUUGCUGAAAGGCAACAAGAAGAAUACGAACAGACAUGUAUUAUAGAAAAAAACAAAACCACAGAAUUGCGAUCACAGGUAGCGGCACUCUCUGCUGGUCUAGAGAGUAAGCAGGCUCUGUUUAACGAGAUACGUAAAGCCUCAUCGGAUACAGAAGACCGAGUUCGAUCACUCAAAGAUCGGGUAGCCCAUCUUCGGUCGGGUCAGAUCGAAGGAGAAGAGAGAGAGGCCUCCAUUUUGAUGGAAACACAACGAUACCAAGAAAUGAAGCUGUUAGCGGAAAAUCGAAUGGAAGCGGCUAUUUCGUCAUUGGAUAGAUUAGGCCAUCGUUAUGAUAUUGAAACAGCUCAAUUGGCCGAAGAAUUACAUCGACUGCGUUUGUUAUGUCAACGCCAACGGUUAGUAACACAAUGUGCCAUGGCUGAUUCCGAACAAGUUAUAUCCGCCAUUCUGGAUGAACAGAAGGGCGUACGUCAAUCCAUGGGCGUCAUGCAGCAAGAAAUAGCAGAAAAAUAUCGAAAGCUGAACGCGUUGGUCAUCAAAGAGCUUCAAUCACUUCGACAGCAGGUUGAUACGUGGGAUUCAACCGAUACAGCACUUGCACAAAGUGUUCGUGAAUGUUCUCGGAACAUACAAAGCUUAGCGAUUAAGAUACAUGCGUACCAGCAGCAGAGUUUAAUGUAAUUACGGUAGGGGGGGGGAGUAGUUUUUUUUAUGGAGCUUUUACACUCUCGAGUAAUACUAAAGUUAGAGAAGGGGGAGUACAAUAAACCAGAUACCAAUGUGUAAUUUUGCCAGCCAAGUCAUAAACCCAGACUGUGUUUGAAUUUGUACAUUGGGGGCAGCGUAAACCAUAUGUUACAGAGAGCCUUGUAAUUAGUUGGCGGUGUGUUAAGUAUAUAAGAUGGUGCAGAAGUUAUGUUUCCAAUGUAUUCUCCUCAGAUGGAUUGGUAUCGCUAUCAGACGGAGGUGGAUCGACUUGUUGUUCCAUCAAGGAU